AUGGUUGCCCAACAUUUGAAAACCCCUUGCCCACUUUAUUUGUGUACAAUAAUUUUAAGCAAAGCACACCCAGAAAAACGAAAAACUCUUAUCAUGGUAGGACAGCUGAUAUCAAGUGUAACACUAACAGUACUGCAAACGAACCAUUUCCUAAAAGAGCAAAGCUUGUUAAUUAAAUGCCACACGGACAAAACCCAGUUGUGCUAUCCGUAUGUUUCUGGUGAGAUUGACAUCUCAGACUGCAACACAGAUGAGAAUAAUAAUGAAACAGCUGUGGGAGUUUUAUCCUACCCUGAAGUGACACAAGAUCAUGAAUACAUUUGUCGCAAUCCAAAUGGUAAAUACUGCAGAGCGGAGGAACUAGUGGAGAGAAUUAGGAUUUUGGAAGCUAAAUGUGAGGAAUUACACUAUGAAAAUAAAAGGCUGAGGGAAGAAAAUGAAGAAUUGAAGGCACGGAAAGUUAAUUUCAGAGAAGAACUGCUGAAGAAGGUGUUGCAGGAUGAUAAUAACGUGAAACAUUUCCUUGGACUACCAUCACUCUGCUUUUUUACAACCUUUCUACAGUUCCUGUCAACAUUCUAUGGUAAAGUUGCAUUUUGGAAGGGAGCAGGGCGGUCUGGAUCUAAGAUCUGGCAGGAAAAAGAGCAACAAAAGCCUGGUAAAAAGAGAAAACUCUCAAUGUUAGAAGAAUUUGUGAUGAUUAUGAUGAAAUUAAGACUUGGUUUGGAUAAUUUAACUUUGUCUGUGCUUUUUGGUGUAUCUGUGGGCCAUGUUUCAAUCUUAUUCAACACCUGGAUUAAUUUUCUAGCACAGAUUCUUGAGUCAGUUAUCAAAUGGCCAUCUAGUGCUAAAAUCAGGAAGCAUUUGCCUUUGUCAUUUAAACUUAAAUACCCCAAAACCACCUCUAUUAUUGACUGUACUGAAAUAUUUAUCCAAAAGCCAAAGAACUGUUCUGCUCGAUCAAGUACAUGGAGCAACUAUAAAUCCCACAACACUCUCAAAGCACUUGUUGCUAUUCAGCCAAAUGGUGCAUUUACUUUUGUUUCAAAGCUGUGGAGUGGGAAUAUAAGUGACAGGAAGAUAACUAUUGACAGCAAAUACCUUGACAACAUUUCCCCCGGUGAUGAAGUAAUGGCUGAUAGAGGAUUUCAGAUUAGAGACCUUUUAACUUUAAAAGGAGCAUACCUUAACAUGCCUAAACAUGCCACCAUUCACUCGCGAGUGGAAAAAUGGAAUAGGAAGAGUGCUUACUUCUAAACAAAUUAUAGAGACUCGAAAAAUUGCUUCCCUUCGAAUCCAUGUUGAGAGAGCUAUACGCAGGCUUAAAUCCUUUAAAAUGCUAGGAGGAAUUCUUCCUUUGAACAUGAAAAACUUAUCUUCUGCCAUGCUUCGUGUUGCAGCUGCUUUUUGCAAUUUUAUGCCACCACUUGCAAAGAAAUUCAAAUGAAAUGUAUCUGUUGACUUUCUUGGAGUUCCAGUGAUAUUUUAGUAUGUGUUCACAACAUCUCUGCAAUCAAGAUAACACAUUGAAUAUAUUUUUCCAUCAACUUUAAUAUUGUUUACAAUACAUGUAUUGAUUAUAAAUAUUUGUUAAAUAUAUCAGGGUAAAAUGUUACAGGUGGUUUUUUAUAAAUAAAUAAUCUUUGACCUUCAUAUAUUCUCCUUUCAAUCAAAAUCCUUAAUAACUUAUGAGUGAAGUUAAUGAAAAAGAUAAAUGUCCUAGUUCAUUAAUGUACAUCUGCUAUUUUACAUGUACAUGCAAAUGAGAUACUGUUAUGAUUAAAUGUAUAAAGUAUUUUCAAUGUACAUGUAUUAUAUACUUUACAUAGGCAUAAAUAUGAAUUCUGAAUAACAUGGAAUGUUACAAAUUUUACAUUCUGACUCAAAUAUUCUCAAUUUGUUAUGAAUUCAACAAAUAAGUGCAUGAUGUGUUUAAUUCUUAUACAUUGUAAUUUAAUUAACCUGAAAUGUUAUUAUUUAAUAAACUUGUUGAGUUUUAAAGAAUGUUUUAGAUUGAAAAAUUCUCUCUCUCUCUCUCUCUCUCUCUCUCUCUCUCUCUCUCUCUCUCUCUCU